AUGGCGAUCUUCAAGAGUCUCUUCGCUACCCUGCUCCUUUCGGCCCCCUUCGCCGCCGCCGCCCCUCUGGAUCUGUCGGCUGGCUUCAAGGAUAUGGCCGAAUCCCUCCCUGAUGUCCCCGAGGAGGUCACUGGCAAGGUUGGAAUCAGCUCCUUCCUCCGAACAAUGGUCUCGAACCCCGAUGCCCAGAACAUCAUUCCCAACAAGUACAUUGUUGUCUUCAACAACGACGACUUCGACGAUGAUGCCAUCAGCGCCAAGGAGGCCUCAUUUGCCAUGGCUAUCAAGAAGCGAAACCUCAACAAGCGAGGCCUCAACGGCCUGAACCUUUCCACCACCAUCAACUCCUUCAAGAUGAACAAGUGGCGAGCCAUGUCCCUCGACGCCGACGAUUUGAUGAUCAAGGACCUUUACGAUGCUGACGAAGUUGCCUACAUCGAGGCCGAUACCCAUGUCCAGCUCAACGGCGCCAUUGCCCAGGUCAACGCUCCCCCAGGUCUCGACCGUCUUUCUCACGCCCAGCCCAACGAGGAUACCUAUGUCUUUGACGACAGCGCUGGCGAGGGCAUUGUUGCCUAUGUGGUUGAUACCGGUAUCAAGACAACUCACACUGAGUUUGAGGGCCGUGCCACUUUUGGAGGCAACUUCAUUAACAACGUCGACGAUGAUGAGAACGGACACGGUAGCCACGUCGCUGGUACCAUUGCUGGUGCUACCUUUGGCGUUGCCAAGAAGGCCGAGCUUGUUGCUGUCAAGGUCCUGGAUGCCUCGGGCGGCGGCAGCAACUCUGGUGUUCUCCAGGGCAUGCAGUUCGUCAUUGACGACGUCGAGAAGCGAGGAAAGAAGGGCAAGGCUGUUAUGAACAUGUCUCUGGGUGGUGACUUCUCCGCGGCCAUCAACCGCGCCAUCGAGGCUCUCUUCAAGGCUGGCAUUGUCCCCGUUGUGGCUGCUGGCAACGAGAACCGAGAUACCGCCCUGACUUCCCCCGGCUCUGCUCCCAACGCCAUCACCGUCGGUGCUAUUGACGGUACCACCGACGUGCGAGCCUCCUUCUCCAACUUUGGAAAGGACGUCGACAUCUAUGCUCCCGGUGUCCAAGUUCUCAGCGUUGGUAUCGACUCCAACACCGCUACCGCCUCCCUGAGCGGCACCAGCAUGGCCUCUCCCCACGUUGCCGGUCUCGCUGCCUACCUUAUGAGCUUCCAGAACGUCCAGGAGCCCAGCCGCGUUGUUGAGCUCAUCAAGAGCCUCGCCCAGCAGAGCGGCGCCAAGGUCCGAAACAACGCUCCUGACACCACCGACCUCAUCGCCAACAACGGCAACCAAUAG